GCCGGCUCGGGGGCUGGGCUGUGCUAGGGGCGCGGCGCCAGCGCUGCGGAGGUGGCUCGGGGACCGCACCGCGCAGGGCGGGGACGCGGCCGCCUGCUUGGUUCCGGGUGCUGCCGCCGCGGCGCUGCCCAGAGCGCACUUGAUCCAGGUCAGGCUGCGGAGCAGCCCCGAGCGCCGCGGCGUCCUCCGACCCCUCCUUCCCCUCGCGACCGAUCCGUGGCUGGAGCCCGAGCCGGCGCCACCUCGCGCGCCCCCAGCCAUGGCUUUCGCCAAUUUCCGCCGCAUCCUGCGCCUGUCUACCUUCGAGAAAAGAAAGUCCCGCGAAUAUGAGCAUGUCCGUCGGGACGUGGACCCCAACGAGGUGUGGGAGAUCGUGGGCGAGCUGGGCGACGGCGCCUUCGGCAAGGUUUACAAGGCCAAGAAUAAGGAGACUGGUGCCUUGGCUGCUGCCAAAGUCAUUGAGACCAAGAGUGAGGAGGAGCUGGAGGACUACAUCGUGGAGAUUGAGAUCCUGGCCACCUGUGACCACCCCUACAUCGUGAAACUCCUGGGAGCCUACUAUUACGAUGGGAAGCUGUGGAUCAUGAUCGAGUUCUGUCCUGGGGGAGCCGUUGACGCCAUCAUGCUGGAGCUGGACAGAGGCCUCACUGAGCCCCAGAUUCAGGUUGUUUGCCGCCAGAUGCUAGAAGCCCUCACCUUUCUGCACAGCAAGAAGAUCAUCCACCGUGACCUGAAGGCUGGCAACGUGCUGAUGACCCUGGAGGGAGACAUCAGGCUGGCUGACUUUGGUGUGUCUGCCAAGAAUCUGAAAACUCUGCAGAAACGAGAUUCCUUUAUAGGAACGCCUUACUGGAUGGCCCCUGAGGUGGUGCUCUGCGAGACCAUGAAGGACACGCCGUACGACUACAAAGCGGACAUCUGGUCCCUGGGCAUCACGCUGAUUGAGAUGGCACAGAUCGAGCCCCCGCACCAUGAGCUCAACCCCAUGCGGGUCCUGCUCAAGAUCGCCAAGUCGGAUCCUCCCACGCUGCUCACACCCUCCAAGUGGUCCGUGGAGUUCCGAGACUUCCUGAAAGUAGCCCUGGAUAAGAACCCAGAGACCCGGCCCAGUGCUGCGCAGCUGCUGGAGCACCCCUUUGUCAGAAGCAUCACCAGUAACAAGGCUCUGCGGGAGCUGGUGGCCGAAGCCAAGGCUGAGGUGAUGGAGGAGAUAGAAGACGGCAGGGACGAGGGGGAAGAAGAGGACACCGUGGAUGCUGCCUCUGCCAUUGGGAACGACAAUCAGGACUCUUCGGAGGCGAAUCAGCAGGGCCUCAAUGCCAACCAACUUCAGGAAUCUGCUGCACCGCUGCCACCCAGCCAGCCUCAGGACAGUGUGAAUGGGCCCUGCAGCCAUCCUUCUGGGGAUAAAGCCCUCCAAGCUCCCUGCCCCCCGGAUGGAGCCCCUGCAAGUGAGAAUUGCCUACCUGUGCCUGUUCCCCUCCGGAAGUCCCGGCCAGUGUCAAUGGAUGCCAGAAUUCAGAUCGCAGAGGAGAAACAAGUCAAUCACCAGGCUGGGGACCUCAGUCCUGCAAGCAGCAGGUCCCAAAAGGCAAACCAGAGCCGGCCCAACAGCAGUGCCCUGGAGACCUUGGGCAGCGAGAAACUGGUCAACGGCAGCCUGGAGCUGCCCACCCAGUUGGUGCCAGGCCAUUCCAAGAGGGCCUCGGACUCAGGCAGUGUGUCCACCUGUGAGAGUAUAGACUACAACACCUCCCUGUCCACCGACCUGUCCCUGAACAGAGAGUCAGGCUCACUGUCCCUCAAGGACUCCAGGCUGCACAACAAAACCCUGAAGCGGACCCGCAAAUUUGUGGUGGAUGGCGUAGAAGUGAGCAUCACCACCUCCAAGAUCAUCGGUGAUGAUGAGAAGAAGGACGAGGAAAUGAGAUUUCUCAGGCGCCAGGAACUCCGAGAGCUUCGGCUGCUCCAGAAAGAAGAGCAUCGGAAUCAGACCCAGCUGAGCCACAAGCACGAGCUGCAGCUGGAACAGAUGCACAAACGUUUUGAGCAAGAGAUCAACACCAAGAAGAAAUUCUUUGACACAGAGCUGGAGAACCUGGAGCGUCAGCAGAAGCAGCAGGUAGAGAAGAUGGAGCAAGACCAUGCUGUGCGGCGCCGCGAGGAGGCCAAGCGGAUCCGCCUGGAGCAAGAGCGGGACUAUGCCAAGUUCCAGGAGCAGCUCAAACUGAUGAAGAAGGAGGUGAAGAGCGAGGUUGAGAAGCUUCCCCGGCAGCAGCGGAAGGAGAGCAUGAAGCAGAAGAUGGAGGAGCACACACAGAAGAAGCAGAUUCUUGACCGGGACUUUGUAGCUAAGCAGAAAGAGGAUCUGGAGCUGGCCAUGAAGAGGCUCACGGCAGAAAACAGGCGGGAGAUCUGUGACAAGGAGCGCGAGUGUCUCAGUAAGAAGCAGGAGCUCCUUCGAGAGCGGGAGGCCACCCUGUGGGAGAUGGAGGAGCACCAGCUGCAGGAGAGGCACCAGCUGGCGAAGCAGCAGCUCAAAGACCAGUACUUCCUGCAGCGGCACGAGCUGCUUCGCAAGCAUGAGAAGGAGCGGGAGCAGAUGCAGCGCUACAACCAGCGCAUGAUAGAGCAGCUGAAGGUGCGGCAGCAGCAGGAAAAGGCACGGCUGCCUAAGAUUCAGAGGAGCGAGGGCAAGACGCGCAUGGCCAUGUACAAGAAGAGCCUGCACAUCAAUGGAGGGGGCAGUGCCUCCGAGCAGCGUGAGAAGAUCAAGCAGUUCUCACAGCAGGAGGAGAAGAGGCAGAAGUCAGAGCGGCUGCAACAGCAGCAAAAACAUGAGAACCAGAUGCGGGACAUGGUGGCGCAAUGCGAGAGCAACAUGAGUGAGCUGCAGCAGCUUCAGAAUGAGAAGUGUCACCUCCUGGUAGAACAUGAAGCCCAGAAGCUGAAGGCCCUGGACGAGAGCCAUAACCAGAACCUGAAGGAGUGGAGGGACAAGCUUCGGCCACGAAAGAAGGCUCUGGAGGAAGAUUUGAACCAGAAAAAGCGGGAGCAGGAAAUGUUCUUCAAACUGAGUGAGGAGGCGGAGUGCUCCGUCCCCACCACGCCGAGCAAGGCCACCAAGUUCUUCCCCUACAGCUCUGCAGACGCUUCAUAACACCCUCGCUCUGUGCCAGUUUGAAUCCAGCCCCCGGCCCAGUGCCACCUGGUGUGCUCCACACGCCUGCCUGGUGCUCCUGACUUCUUGCUUGGUCGUGAAGGGCGAAGUUACUACGUGGCACCUUCCCCUAGUAUGUCCUCAUUGAGCGCCACAUCCUGUCAAGCUGUGCAUGACCUGGGAUCUCAGGGAGGUCAGGGGCCAGGAGGACUGGGUGUGCUGCGGCCCCCUUGUUUGCCAAAACACCGAUUUUACUGUCGGCACAGAGCACUGCCGAUAAAGUCGCUAUGGGCUCAUCCAUGUUGUGGUGCUUGGUUCUUUCUUGAUUCCUUGCAGUGUCAGACAGGAACCUUAGCAGCCAUUUCAGUUCCCAGCAGAGGCAGCUGGCAGCCAGCUGCUCUGGGGAUGUCCUUGCUCCCCAGGGUCUCCCAGCCUGCUUUCUACUUAAGCCAAGGCUGUGUGCAUGUGGGCGGAGGCGACAAAGGAGUGUUUGCUCUGCUGUAUUUGCACUUCAGGCCAUCCCCUGUUCCCUUCCCAGUGUGCAUUCACAGACACACACACAGAAGCUCUGCGAGGCUUGCCCUGAGCUGCACGUUAGGUGGAGCAGUUGGUGGGUGACAUGCUGGGUGUUGGCACUGAGGCCCAGGGAAGGCACAGGCUGUACUGCCAGUCUGCGACUUGUUCCAAUCCCCCCACAGAAGCCUGUGUUCAGGGAUGAACUCUUGCCACACAAGACUUCCGCAGCCCAGCCUGCUGUACCUCGCUGCGGCCCACUCAGUCUGCAGGCUCGAUGGGAAGGACCUUUCCCUUGGCCUGGCGCUCUGUCCAGGAGUGCACCUUACAGGGCUGACCAGGCCUGGCGGGCACUUGGCCUCUUUUGGAACAGAAGGCAUGGGGUGGGGGCAGUGUGUGGGACAGGAUGCUUCCUGCUGCUGGGAGGCUGGCUGAAGCAAAGCUUCUGGAGCUCAAUGGACUCCCUCCUGAGAUACUGAUCCUGCGGGCUGCAGAGUGUGUGUAAUGCAAUAAAAGCAAGUGCUCCAACAGCUUCACCUUGACUUCUAACUGUCCUGUGAAAGUAGGGUUUCUAGCUGGGUACGGGAGUGCAUACCUGUCAUCCCAGCUCUCAGGAAGCUGAGCCAGGAGGAUCAUGAGUUUGAGUCCAGCCUGAACUCCAUAGUGAGGCCCUAUCACCAAAAAAAAAAAAAAAAAAAAAAAAAGAACAAAAAGAAGUUUUAUAUAUAUAUAUGGUGUGUGUGAGGCUAUCUACUUAAAAGAAUCUACAGUGCUGCUACUGAUGGGCAUUAAGAGUCUAGUCACUGUUUUUGUUUUUCCUUGGGUUUUGUUUUGUUUGUGGUACUGGGUAUUGAACCCAGGACCUUCAUGCUGAGCUAUAUCCCCAGCCUUUUUUUUUUAAAUUUUGAUACAGCUAUCACUAAGUUGCCCAGGCUGGGGCUUAAAUGUGGGAUCCUCCUGCCUCAGCCUCCCAGCCUGACUCUGGAUACUGUUUUUGUGAGUUCAGCCUGGACUCCAUAGUGAGGCCUUCUGUCACCAAAAAAUGGUGAUAGAUGACAGACACCCAUGAGGACUUUGUCCUUCUCUGCUCCUGAAGGCUAGGGUUUAGUAUAUAGAACUUUGUCCUCCUUAAGCAAUCUUCUGGAAGAUUUCUCAGCACUGCUUAUAACCGGAUACUUCGGCAGGGAAGGGCAGCAGUCAAACAAGGAGAUGAGGACUUGGGUCUGGCAGAUCUUAAAACUGCAGUAAAGUAGCUCUCACGGGCAAGAGCAGGGGAUGGCAUGAUUCUCUUAGCUUAGCAUUUGGCAUGCCUGCUUCAGUAUUUGACCCAGGUGGGAUGGUUUCAGGUUUCACACCCAGGACACAAGCUGAACAGUUGUCACUUUCUCUUCUCUCUGGGGCACAGGUGCCAGCGGAAAUGUGAACUGGCAGUAGUUUAACUGCAGGACACACACCCAGUGACUCUGGGCAAGGCUACUUGGGUGGACGCUCAGGACCUUGUUUACAACAUCUUCUGCAGCCGCAGUGUGAGCAUGAGUAUUGGGGAGAUGCCAGUUGCAUGGUUCAGGAGAAAGUCUUGGAUCGUUCCUUUUUUGGCUUGUCACUUACUGUCCUGAGCCUUCACGGAGUUGUUUCCUGCUCAGCCACCUGAGCCUUGAUACCUGCCCUGUGCUUCUUUGGAUGGGCUCCGGCCAGGUUUCCCAGCCUCAGCUGACCUGACGUGCUGUGCCCAUCACUGAGAAGGCCACACAGUAUUCCAGGGCCCUGUGUGAAUAUUUUCUGUGGCAGGGACAGACAGAAAUGUUUCUCCCCAGGUCAUUUUUAGCAGAGUAAAUAUAAUUUAUAUUUUCUCUUUAUGAAGGAUAGAAGUUAUUUUUUAUGUAGUUACCAAACUUUACAUAAAACCUCUGUAAAAUGUUCUCUGCAAAGCUAACUGCAAGAAUGUAUAUAUGCUACUAAUAAAACAACAAAGCAGUU